AUGAAUAAGGGCGUCGAAAACAUUAUUGACAAUGAUUUAACGACAAAAUAUCUGAAUUUUGGUAAUGGAAUGUGGAGUGAUACGGUCGGUAUUGGUACUGGUUUCGUUGUUAUUCUCUCAAAAGGUCUCUCUGUCCUGACGGGUGUUCAGUUUGCUACGGGCUCAAAUGUGGCUGCUAAAGAUCCAUUGACAAUCUCAAUCGAAGGUAGUAAUGCAACAACACCAAUAGAAAAAGAAACACAGUGGCAAUUGAUUUACGAAGGAUCAAGCGGAUGUGGUGCACAACAGGAUAUUGGCCGUCAAACUUAUUGCGCAGUACAAUACAUUCAGACAAAUGUCUCUUGUACAAGUUAUCGAAUAUUAAUUCAGUCUCAACGUGGUGUAGCUACCAAUGUACAAUAUUCAGAAGCGCAUUUACUUGGCUAUUUUGUUAAUUAA